AUGGUAAUCAAUGCGGAUGUAGAACCUCAGCGGCCAGUGCUGGCCACUGCCGUCGCGGUCAUGCAACCCAACUACAGUACCUUCACUAACCCUGCUAUGUCAGCCGGCCCACCAGAUCUGCUCGAUAUACCUGGUAAACGUGCUACGUUUACAUCUGGAAGUGAGGAAGAGAUACGACUUGGAUCUCGAGUCACCUUCAAUGAUCAGUCGGUGAAUAUCGAGGGCAUCGACUUUCAAAUGAAUGAGGUUCGUAGGUGUAAAUCAUGUACAGUUAUGCUAGUGGAUGAAGAGAGGUGGCGGUUGCGAAUGUGCCCAGCCCUUCGGGCAUACUUCAAGCGAUUUCACUCGCAACGCGAUUUGACAAUCUGCCAAUGUCUUCAGAUGCAACAUUUGCGGAACACAAAUGCAUAGCG